GUGGCAGUGGCGGUGGUUAAUCAUCAAGGCUCUCUUUUUGAUGCAAGCGUGGGUAUAAAGGCAGGACCUUUGCAAUUGCAAAGCCUUUCAUUUCUCUCUUAUAUACAAGAUUUCUUGUUCUCUUAACAUCCAAAAAUCUGUAGAGUUCGUGGGUUUGGCAGAAUUUAUAGCAGAGUCUCUGAGGUGAAAAGCUGGAGGGUUUUGAACAGAGCAGAGUCCAAGUUCAAUAAAUUUGUGUUGUUUUCUGAGUGAAAAGGGGCUUGAAUGGAGGACAGAGUACUAAAAGUAGCACAGAAUCUCAAAUGGGUAUCUUUUUCUGGCCACUUUUAGGUGGGUUUCUCUCACUUUAUCUUUCUUUAUGGGAGGUGGGUUCUGCUAGCUCUGACUAGGGUUUUGAAUGGAGUAUUUAUAGUACUGAAAUCAAUGCUCUUUGUUUAGUUAAUUGGCUGCUUCUCUUAAGACUUUCUCAAAGCUCUUCUUCGAGCCUUUUUUUUUUCCUGAACUUCCUUUGUCCUCUGUUUCCUGAACUUCCUUUGUCCUCUGGGGCGGCCUUCCUUUAUGCAAUUUUGGUACUUUACGCUCAGUUUGGUAGCUUUGGAAACGGUGGCAAUUAUCAUUGUUUGAUCUUCGUGUUCACGUUUUACUACUUGGGCGCCUUUUGAUUUUCCCCUCCAUUUGGGUGUUUGGGGUUUUCCAUUGUUGGCUUAUCUAAUUGGGGAAUUAUCCUUUUUUUAUGCGAUGUUCUCCUCUGAAGGUUCAAUUCAAUUUACUAUGGCUGUGUAGAAAAUUCUUCUACUUGUUUGUUCGGUAGAGUCCUGAGAGUUACUGAUUAUUGGCUAAUUUUGACAUUACUGCGAAGGAAAGAUGGAUGGGAGUGAUAAUGAUAAGUUGGGGCUAGAGAAGAGGAAUGAUAAUCCUACAAACUAUCAGUCACCUAAUUUGCCCUCUGACUGGCGAUUCGAUGGCGCUAAUCUUUCAAAUACAUCUAUGGAUUUAGUUCCCACUGAUAAUCCCAUGUCAGUCUGCAGAGAAGAUGUUAUUGGACCUUCCUGUUCCUCUGCUUCAUUGCCAGAUUCAUUUGGGCAAACCCUUUGGGGGCAUCCUACCUUCUCACAAAAUCUGGGAUUCUGUGACAUUAAUGCUGACCAAUCAAAUUCAAUGGGAACUAGAAAAGCGGGUCAUGCCACUUUUAGAAGUGGUGGUGAUGGAACACUAGUUAUGGAUUGGAACCCGCAGAGUUCGAUGUUGAGAGGGGGCAUUUUCCUACCAAAUGCUCCCGGGAUGCUCCCGCAAAGCUUGUCUCAGUUUCCUGCUGAUUCUGCAUUUAUUGAGCGUGCUGCCAGGUUUUCCUGUUUCAAUGGUGGGAAUUUUAGUGAUAUGGUGAACCCUUUUGGCAUUCCAAAUUCUAUGGGUGUCUAUUCUCGGGGCGGGGGGUUGAUGCAAGGACCGCUAGAGGUUUUAUCAGGUGGUGGGUUAAAAUCAGUAUCUUCUAAUGUGAGUGAAGCUCCCAAGGACAUUUCUUUAUCUGUUAACUACGGUACUCCUGAGGGGAGUCCACUCAAGAAUGAUGGAAGAAGUGAAAGCCUGGUUAGAUCCCAUGACGAAGCAAAACAAGGUGUUGCUGGAUCAGGUAAUGAUUCUGAUGAUGCUGAAUUCAGUGGUCAAGGUGGUCAAGAGGAGUCAACAAUGUUGGAGGGUGCAGCUGGAGAAGCAUCUGCUAAGGGAAUCAGCUCAAGGAAGAAGAAAAGAAAUUGGCAGGAUAUGGAGCUUGAUCAAGCCAGGGGAGUUCAACAAAAUCUUGAAACUGCAAAGGGUAACUCCGAAAUUCAACAGAAGGGAGACCCAAAUCCCACUUUAACUAGCAGUAAGACUGCUGGAAAAAAUGGUAAACAGGGAUCUCAAACCUCAGAUCCACCUAAAGAGGAAUAUAUCCAUAUUAGAGCUCGAAGAGGCCAAGCUACAAAUAGCCACAGCCUUGCGGAAAGAGUAAGAAGGGAAAAGAUAAGUGAGAGGAUGAAAUUUCUUCAAGACCUUGUACCUGGUUGCAGCAAGGUCACUGGCAAGGCAGUGAUGCUGGAUGAAAUUAUCAACUAUGUGCAAUCACUGCAGAGGCAAGUUGAGUUUUUGUCUAUGAAACUUGCAACUGUGAAUCCAAGACUGGAGUUUAAUGUAGAAGGGCUUCUGGCCAAGGACCAGAUCCUUCACUCACGAGCUGGUCCUUCUUCGACAUUAGGGUGUUCUCUAGAUAUGCAAAUGUCUUAUCCUCCUCUACAUCCAUCUCAACCAGGGCUUAUUCAAUCUGCUCUCCAUGGCAUGGGGAGUCCUUCUGACAUACUAAGGAGAACCAUCAAUUCCCAAUCGACAUCCAUGACUGGAGCACUAAAGGAGUCCAGUCAGCUACCCAAUGUAUGGGAUGAUGAGCUCCACAAUGUUGUUCAGAUGGGUUUGGCAGCCAGUGCUCCUUCAGAUAGCCAAGAUGUAAAUGGGGAUUUAUCAUCAUCUAGCCAUAUGAAAAUUGAACUAUGAUCGUUCCUUUUGCUCUCAAUCUGAUACUGCAUUCAUUGCAGCCACCCUUGUUCAGCUUACUAUCUUAUUCAUGAUGUUCUUUCUUUUGGUAGUUGAGGCUACACAAACAUGCACGCCCAUCUUCAUGAAUUGAGCACUUACUAUAAACAGAAUGGAGCCCAUCCUCCACAUAUAAUAUGUGAGGUAAGUUCUGCGUACAUCUUGCUUGUACAGGAGUUGUUGACCUCUACCUGAAGCAAACUUUCUGAAUGUCAUGGAUUGGGCGAACAGCCAGGAUUCUCAGAUAUAUGCAGCUACAACAACCUCUAUGUCUUUUUGUUUGAGUAUCGAAGACUAAAGCCCUCAUGGCAGUAAAUUUCUCCCAUAUUCUGGAGCUAGAAUGUAUAGAGUAGGAUGCAGUGAUAUCACGCAUUAUCGGAGGUCAUGCAUCACAUUUGCUACCGAUGUGUUAUGUGAUUUCCAGAGAUGUCGCCGGGAAUCAUCACCGUGGUUUUGUAACGAUUAUUUGCUGAUGUUUUGGUCACCGAUACCUUAACUAUAGAACUGGUGUUACUGAAUUGUUAUUAAUGUAUAACUGAACUUAGGCUCUGAUGUGCAGAGCCAUAUUUGAAGCAACCAACUCUUUAUUUGACAAUUACAGGACUACCUUUAGCGUU